AACCUCUCGGGAUAUUCUAGAGCGGUUAACAAAGUUUUGGGACUGUGGCCUGGGAAAAAGUAUUUUGGUUUAUAUAGAUUCCUACCAAUAUUCUUUUUUGUUGGUGCUGGACUGGAAUUUACUAUGAUAAAUUGGAAAGCAUUUGGCCGAACAAAUUUCUACGAGAUUUAUAAAAAGAAACAAGUAAGUGAGACAGCACGUGAAGAACUUCGAAAAGAAGGAAUAUUAGUAAAAUCCUAGAACAUUUGCGUUCAAGUAAAGGCGUAUUAAACUUGUAUCAUUCAGAAUGUCUAGUAAACGAAUAAAAUUUUGUGUAGCAUCUAUUUUGACAUUAUUUGCUGGUGCUCAAAGUGUCCACAUUGUUUACCAGCCAUUGAAUGAUUUCAGACAACUAGUAGAAGAAGAAAAAGAUCGAUUACGUAAAGAAUUAAAUGAAAAACAAAGAUAAUAUUUAACAGUAUGAUUUAGUCCAACUCUUUAUCCAAUUUUAAUUUGUAAAAUAUACUCUUUUCAGUACA